AUGCUAGCUGGGACAAGUGAUCCAGACCGCGAAUUCGAAGACAUGACGUCCAACGAUUCUGGCGUGGAGAGCAGCACGGACAACGACGAUUGUGCGCAGCCGAGGUUCAACAAGAGGCUUGUGUCGUCUGCCGAGAUGUCCCUAGUGCCUGUGAGGAGGAUGAACAACCAUGAUUUUCCGUUGUCGCUGUGCCUGAACUCAAUAUCCGAACCCCCGAUUGUGUUCGCCCGACCCAUGAUAAACGAGAUACCCGGUCGUAAGUUCAAGUGCCUAUUCGAGUUGGCCAACCCCGCGUUUCCGGGCACGUUGGAUAGAUUUCAAUCUUGUCUAACUCCCAUACAAGAAUACACAGAAAUGUUGUUGAAGAUGGAGAAGAAAGGCAGUUCCACUCAGUCCAAAAGCAAUAUUGGCCCGUGCCGUGCCCAUUCGUGUCGUAGCUAUAUGAGGUCAAAUGCUUUUCAGUCCAGAGACAGUCACAAACUAUGUCGAGCAGCAAACAUGAAUAACACUGAACUACUUGAGCAAUUUCUCAAGAACGGUGUUGAUCCAAAUUGUUGGGAUAGUAGAAAACGUACGCCCUUACAUUUGGCAGCAAGCAAAGGAUAUGCAGAAGCUGUGGGAUUGUUAUUGAAAUAUGGUGCCAAUCCAAAUAUAAAAGAUGCUUUGGGAAACACUCCAUUACAUUUGGCUGCUUGUACACAUCACAUGGAUGUAGUAACAUUACUCUUAAAAGGAGGAACAGAUGUAAGUAGCUGUGAUGCACAAGGCCGAAGUCCUCUACACUUGGCCCAAUCAAAGUUACGUCUGUUGACUCAUUGCAAAAGUGACGUUUGCACAUCAGUUAAACAGACGGUAUUACAGGUAAUUGAAAUGCUAUUGGCAUAUUUUGAUAAAAAAAACAGCUCAGAUGAAGCAGAACUGUUGAAUGCCUUCCAAACUAGAUUACAAAUAUCAGAUACAGGUGAAAGGGUUAGCACUGAAAUUCAAGAUCUUUUAAACAAUUUAUCUACAUUAAAACUAAAUAAAUAAGCCUGAAAUCAUUGAAAACAUUUUUUUUUUAGACUAAUACAAUUUUAUAUUUAUAUUAUUGGUUAAACUAUCUUAUGG